AGAUUAUUAAACUUAGAUAUCUAUCCUAUAGUCCAGCAACAGUAUGACUUUCUUAAGGAUAAAUUUUUAAAUAAUUAUUUACUUAACAAAGAUAAGAAACUACAUUUGCUUAACAGACUUCAAAAGUAUCAUGACAAUUUUAAUGUAACUAAUAAAAUAGGCAAAAGAAGGCAACGUAAAAAUUGUGUAAAUUUGAUUUAUGCUGUUCAAUCUUGUGAACAUC